GUAUACGCAAAGUUGGCGCCGGACAUGGCAUGCAACUAUCAUCAGUACUUGCCCGAACUACUCGACAAAGGGCUACGGAUACUUGUGUACGCUGGAGACCGAGAUCUAGUGUGCAAUUGGGUAGGAAGUCUAGCGUGGAUGGAAGCACUCCGAUGGGGAGGGAGAGGCGGAUUCAGUCGGGCCCAACCCGUUGAGUAUUCCGUAAGGAUCGGCGCCGAAUUGCACCUCCAGCGAACAUCGUCCUUA